AUAUCAGUCGUCGCGCGGCUUCUCCAAAAGUAGGUGAUAGCGGAUACGCUGUCAGUGAGUUCGGCAACGAAACACGUCCUCAAAAGCUCUAACUUUUCGUGAACUGCAACAGACAAUUUUCAAACUACGUUCACAGAAAGCUUCGCGCUCAGGAUAAUGUACUAGUUUCUACGUGUUUUUUAGUGUUAAGUUUUUUGUAUAUACUCGUAUGUGCUGUGUACUAGUGUAAAAUGCGGUUCUUCGGGGGCAACCCCGCAGUUUUUAACUACUUCUUCUCGUUGGUGGUGUGCUGUUGGAGUAUUUCGCUGAUAUUGGCCGAUACGAGGCUUCUACCGAAUUCAGGUGUUCCAAGCGGCAUCAUAUGCCCUUUUGGCACGUUCCGAUGUCCUGAAGGGAAGUGUAUCCCGUCCCUGUGGGUUUGCAAUUACCAGGCGGAUUGCGAAAAUGGAGCAGACGAGCGGCAAACAUGUCCUCCACCAGAAUGCGAACCGGGCCAGAUUACGUGUCGUCAAUACAGCUGGAAUAGGACGUAUUGCAUUCCGCCACAUUAUCGCUGUGAUAUGACUGUAGAUUGUAUAGAUGGGUCCGACGAAACCGAAUGUACAUAUAGAAAGUGCCAACCAGACGACUUCCAUUGUGGAACUCAAGCUUCCGAUCCAUGCAUUCCAAAAGAGAAAAAAUGCGACGGCUACAUCGAUUGCCGAUCAGGAAAAGACGAAGAAGGGUGUCCCGGUGUCUCUUGCCGUUUGGACCAAUUCAGAUGCUCCAAGGGAAAUCGAUGUAUAGAAAUGUCACAGAAAUGCGACCACAAAAACGACUGUGGAGACAACUCUGAUGAACAAAAUUGCAAUUUUCCUGUGUGCCACGGGGUCCAGUUCCGUUGUGCCAACGCUCUUUGUAUUCCGAGCCAAUUCCGCUGCGAUGGUUACCAAGACUGCUCCGAUGGGUCCGACGAAGUGAACUGUACGUCCAUCGUUUGUCCAGACAACAAGUUCCUAUGUCCGAAGGGUGGUCCAGGAGGCACGCACAAAUGCAUUCCGAAGAGCAAACUAUGUGAUGGAAAAAAAGACUGUGAAGACAAUGCUGAUGAAGAAAUUGCUUGUUCUAUACUAAACUGUCCAACCCUCAGCUGUGAGUAUAAGUGCCAAGCGUCAUUAACCGGAGGAUCAUGCUACUGUCCUGAAGGCAAGAAAUUAUCAUCCGACAAUAGAACGUGUACAGAUAGGGACGAAUGUUUAGAAUGGGGAUACUGCGACCAAUACUGUUCAAAUACCGAUGGAGGUUACAGUUGCAGUUGUGCUGAUGGCUUCAGUUUCAUAAACAAAAAAUGCGUGGCAGAAAAUUCAAGCUCGUUACUUCUCUACUUCGCCCACGACAAGGCGAUAUUUAGUAUGAGUAAUACAGGAAGCAAUCUAAAAGUUGUUGUUAAUACUACUGGAGCGAGUGGUUUAGAUUUCCAUUAUAGAGACAAUAUGCUUUAUUGGUCAGACACAAAAACGAAAAAGGUUCAUUCGCAACAAAUAGUGGGCACACCAGGCUUCUCAACUCCAGACAUAGAUCUCUCCCUGCCAGGCUCGUGGUUACCAAUUGCAGUAGCAGUAGAUUGGAUAGGAAAUAAACUCUACGUAGCAGAUUCUGUUGGUCAAAAAGUCGACAUUUUCGAACUCAGAGGAAAAUGGCAUGCAGUAGUCUUAGGCUCUAACUUAACCAACCCAGCUGAUAUAGCUCUAGAUCCUACAGUCGGUUACAUGUUUGUCGCAGACAGUUCUCAAGUAUUAAGAGCCAACAUGGAUGGUACUAAACCUGUGUCUAUAGUAUCAGAAGCAGCUUACAAAGCUUCAGGAAUAGCAGUGGACAUUAUUUCUAAGAGAGUGUAUUGGUGUGAUUCUCUUUUGGACUAUAUAGAGACAGUUGACUAUGAUGGACAGAACAGAUUUUUGGUAGUAAGAGGACAACAAGUGCCAAGUCCAGCACGCUUAACCUUAUUCGAAAAUAGAGUAUAUUGGACAGAUGGUACAAAGCAAGGUGUUAUGUCUGUUGAUAAAUACGAAACAAGUAGUAUUCAAUCAAUCUAUCGAAUGAAAGAUAUUAGGGAUCCAAAAGCUAUUAAAGCAAUCCAUGGUUUGGUUCAACCGCAUGUCGUUAAUCCGUGUGGUAAUAACAAUGGAGGUUGCCAACAUAUGUGUGUCGUUACCAAAACAGGUACCACUUUAGGCUACAGGUGUGCGUGUAACAUUGGUUGGAAACUCUCAACAGAUGAGCGCAAUUGCGACUUGAUCGUAGAUUUCUUAAUGUAUUCACAACAGAGGUUCAUAAAAGGCAAAGUUCUUAAUCCCGUUAUCGAAGGUUUCAGCGAAGCUAUCUUACCAGUUGUCUCACGAAGAGCCAGAUUCGUAGGCUUGGAUUACGAUGCAAAGGAACAGCUAAUAUACUACUCAGACGUUCUACAAGAUGUCAUUUACAGAGUCCAUAGAAACGGUACAGAUAAGGAAAUAGUUCUGGCCUCUCAGAACGAAGGAGUUGAAGGUUUGGCUGUAGAUUGGGCUGCUAAAAAUUUAUACUACAUAGAUAGUCGUAAAGGAACUCUUAACGUAUUAUCUACCCGUAAUAUUACUUACAGAAGAACGUUGCUGAAGAAUCUCAAAAGACCUAGAGCUAUUGUUGUCCAUCCUAAUAAAGGUUAUGUGUUCUUCUCUGAAUGGGACAGGCCAGCGAAUAUUUCCAGAGCUUUAAGUGAUGGAUCAAACUUGAUCGUGUUUAAAAAUUUGACGCUUGGUUGGCCUAACGGUCUUUCCAUAGACUUUGCUACUGAUAGACUGUAUUGGUGCGAUGCUCUUCUUGAUCAUGUUCAGCAUUCCAAACUAGAUGGUACUGAUGUUAAGACAGUCAACUCCAGAUUGAUCAGGCAUCCAUUCAGCAUCGUCAUUUACAAUGAUUUUAUGUACAUAACCGAUUGGAGACUAGACGCAAUAGUCAAAUUACACAAACUAACUGGUGCUGAUGAAGAAAUUCUUGUAAAAGAACCACAAACCAACCGUUUAUACGGUGUCAAAAUAUACAGCGAAAAGGAACAACCAAUCAUAGAAUCCCAUCCUUGUUGGAACAACAAUGGAGGUUGCCAGAAACUUUGUUUCGCUAAUCCAAGAGAUAAUAUGUAUGAACUGGUAGCCAAAUGCGGCUGUCCUUAUGGAGAAAGGCUGGCCUCCGACGAAAAGACUUGUCAAGCUGAUCCCAAUCAUGAACCUCCAGUGCAAGCUUGUCCUAACAGUUGGGACUUCACUUGUAACAACCAAAGGUGUAUUCCGAAAUCAUGGGUCUGCGAUGGAGAUGAUGACUGUCUAGAUAAUAGUGACGAAAAUCAAAAUUGUACGAAACCAACCUGCAGCUCGAGUGAAUUCCAAUGCAAAUCAGGUCGCUGUAUCCCCAUGACAUUCAAAUGCGACGCUGAGAACGAUUGUGGUGAUUUCAGUGACGAAACGGGCUGUGUCAACGUAACCUGCUCAAGCACCCAAUUCCAUUGCGACAACGGCCGAUGCAUCCCGAACAGCUGGAAGUGCGAUUCAGAAAACGAUUGCGGAGAUGGCUCAGACGAAGGUGAAUCUUGUGCGGAAAAGACCUGUGCCUACUACCAGUUCACUUGCCCCAGAAACGGUCAUUGUAUACCUCAGAAUUGGGUGUGUGAUGGUGACGAUGAUUGCUUCGAUAAAGAAGACGAAAAGGACUGCCCACCGAUUACCUGCCAGAGCAAUCAGUUCAAGUGUACUGAUUUGAAACAAUGUAUUCAGGAGAGCUACAAAUGUGACGGUAUUCCUGAUUGUAAUGAUGGCAGCGACGAAGUUGGAUGUCCUUCCAUUGCACCUGACCAAUGUAAUUUGGAAAAACAAUUCCAAUGUCAGAAAUCGGGCAUAUGCAUACCGAAAGCUUGGUACUGUGACGGAACUCCAGAUUGCGAUGACAGAUCAGACGAACCAGAAUCGUGCGGCAACAUCAACUGCCCGAACAACUUCUACAACUGUAACAGCACGCAGUGUAUCUUCAAAGCCUAUAUCUGCGACGGUAAAAAGGAUUGCGAGGAUGGAUCAGACGAAAGCAGCAUCCACGCUUGCGUGAAACCUCCUUUCAGAUGUCCUCCCGGCCAGUGGUUAUGUCCAGAUGUAUCUGAGCGUUGUGUUAAUCUUACGAGUGUGUGCGAUGGUAAACCUGACUGUCCCAACGGAGCUGACGAAGGUGAAGACUGUGUCUUCGACGAAUGUUCACACCAAGGAGGACUUUGUUCUAACGGCUGCAAGCAAAGUCCACAAGGACCUCUAUGUUUAUGUCCAAUUGGAGAAACGUUGAUGAAAGACGGCAUGAACUGUGAAGAUCUCAACGAAUGCGAACCUCCUGGAAUCUGCUCACAGACGUGCACAAAUACGAAAGGAUCCUACUUUUGCUCCUGCGUGGACGGUUACACUCUAGAACCAGAUAAAUCCAACUGUAAAGCUUUCAAUCACACUGCGGCUUUCUUGAUCAUUUCCAACAGACACUCAAUUUUGGUAGCGGACCUAAAAGAACAAGGCUUGGAACGAGUGCCCAUCAUAGUCGAAAACGUUGUUGCCACUGCCUCAAACAUGCACACGGGUACGAUAUUCUGGUCGGAUAUGAAGCUCAAGAAAAUAUCAAAACUGGAAAGGGGCGGUGAUCCCGUGGAAAUAAUUUCUACUGGCUUGGAUUUAGUCGAAGGACUGGCCUACGACUGGAUAGGCAAGAACAUUUACUGGCUAGAUUCUAAACUCAACACGAUUGAAGUUUCAAAGGAGAAUGGAGAUAGUAGGAUUGUCAUCGCUAGGGAAAAUAUCACUCAACCAAGAGGAAUGUGUUUAGAUCCAAGUCCUGGAACCAGAUGGCUUUUCUGGACUGACUGGGGAGAAAAUCCAAGAAUUGAACGUAUGGGUAUGGACGGCACCAACAGAUCAAUCAUCAUAAACACCAAAAUCUACUGGCCCAACGGUUUAACACUCGAUAUAGCCACUCAAAGAGUUUACUUCGCUGAUUCAAAAUUAGACUUCAUCGAUUUUUGCUAUUACAACGGAACAGGAAGACAACAAGUUCUAUCUGGUAGCCAUUACCUCUUGCAUCCACAUUCACUUACGCUAUUUGAGGAUACCAUGUACUGGACUGACAGACAGUUGAAUAGAGUAUUAUCGGCCCACAAGUACAAAGGCAACAAUCAGACAGUUGUGUCUCAUCUGAUCUCGCAACCCCUAAGUAUUCACGUGCAUCAUCCAUCUCUGCAACCUAUGGCUAUCAAUCCUUGUGCAUCAGCUUCUUGCCAACAUAUUUGUUUAUUGUCUCCAUCUACAUCUACCGGAUACAGUUGCAAAUGCAAACCUGGCUUCAAAUUAAACUCUGGAGGUACCUGCAGUGAAGAAGAUUCCAAUUUCUUGAUGGUUAUGAAGGGUACUCAAAUCGUAGAUCUCUCCUUGAACCCUGGUGAAGAAUCAACUGGAUAUAUUACUCCAAUUGUUGGAAUCGAACACGGAGUACAGAUCGACUAUGACAGAAAGACGAAUACAAUUUACUGGGUAGAAAGCAAAGAUGCCGAAGGUGAAAAUUGUACCAUAUGGAGCACACCUUACAGUGGUGGAAACAAAACCCAGGUCCUCGGGAUCGAUAAUGGCAUUGUGGGAGCAGCAUCUUCCAUUGCGUUUGAUUGGCUUGGAAGAAAUAUGUACGUCGGCAACAGAAAGUCUAGUAAUAUUGAGGUGAUCCGAAUAGACGGAAAAAUCAAAUAUAGAACAAUAAUUUUGGCUAACGAUGGAAACACCACUUCUGUAGCAACACCUAGGGCUAUCUGCUUAGACCCUGCAGACGGAAAACUUUAUUGGACAGAUGCUGGAGGGUUCGGGGUUCCACAAAAAAUUGGUAAAGCUAAUAUGGACGGAAGCAAUUCGAUUGUUUUAACUGAAAUAGAGAAACCAGACGCACUGACUAUUGAUAUAGAAACAAAAACCUUGUAUUUCAGUACUCAGUAUCCUCCUAAGAUAGGAAAAAUUAGCGUCAAUGGAAAGGAAAUAACAUUUAUUGUACGUGAAGAAGAUUACAUUUCCGCCCCAAAAGCUAUUGGUGUGUUAGGUAAUAGAUUAUUCUACAUGGAUCCAGACUACGAAAAACUAGUGCAAGUCGCUUUACCAUCUGGCUCCAAUCCAAGAAUCAUCCUAGAAAACGAGCCAAGUCUAAAAACUUUCACCAUAUUCAAGAAGAGACAUCUUGGUGAUCAUCCAUGCCUACAAAACAAUGGAGGCUGUGAACAUAUCUGCGUCCCAGCUGAAGGCCGAUCAAGAACUUGUGCUUGUGGUAUUGGAUACAAGAAGAACGAGAUGAGUUGUGUUCCUCACAGAACAUUCGCUGUUGUUUCUCAACUCGACAUAACCAGAGGAUACAGCCUUAAAGAUAGCGCUGAAGCUAUUGUACCUAUUACUGGUCCAGGACAUCAUAUUCUUCACGUUGACGUUCAUUUUGCUGAGCAGUGGAUCUACUGGAUAGAAUUCAAUAGAGGCUACUGGAAUGGCAUAUUCAGAAUAAGACCAAACGGUACAGAAAUAGAACACAUUAUAAAAGACGGUAUUGGCAGCAAUGGCAUAAGAGGACUUGCAAUUGAUUGGAUAGCUGGAAAUAUGUACUUUACUAACGUGUUUCCUCAUGAAAAUUAUGUUGAAGUGUGUUGGUUAGAUGGACGUCAUCGUAAAAUCAUUGUUAAAACUACCACGGAUGCUCCUAGAGAACUGGCUGUUAAUCCAAUUAAGAGAAUUCUGUACUGGAUCGAUUAUGGCCAAUACCCAAAGAUUGGAAAAGCUAACUUGGAUGGGUCAGACUGGCAGCCUGUGGUGACAUCUGGUAUUAGCAAUCCUACAGAUCUUACCAUUGAUAUGAACACUCAUGAUGUCUACUGGGUAGAUUCCAAAUUGGACAUGAUCCAAAGAAUAUCUUACAGUGGUGGAAACAGACAAAUAAUCCGAAGGAAUUUACCAAAUCCAAAAGGUAUAGCCAUGUACAAAACUGAAUUAUAUUGGGUAGACAGGAAUCUUAAAUCGAUACUGAAGGCUUCCAAGUUACCUGGUAAUAUGUCUCUACCGACGAAAGUACGCAACAACUUAGCUAACUUGAGAGAUAUAGCAAUAUACGAUAUUACGAAUCAACCUUCAGAUGACUCGAAUCCUUGUAGAAAGUUUGGAAAUGGAGGAUGUGAGCAACUCUGCUUCUCUUUUCCAGUUGAUAUCGCAACGGGACCAAGAUCUUCGUUUAAAUGCGAUUGUGCUACUGGUAACCUGACAGAUGGACGCAAAUGUGAUUUUGUUAACGAAUACUUGGUGUUUACAACAAGAACCGAAGUAAGAACAGUUCAUCUAGAUCCACAAUCUACGAAUGUACCAUUCGCACCCAUUGGUAACCUUACCAAUGUUGUAGGAAUUGAUUUCGACUAUAAACAUCAAACACUCUUCUUCACUCAGAUCAAACCAUGGGCUAAAAUAGCCAGGAUGCCUGCAACUAAACCAGAUAGUAAUACCAUUAUUACUUUGAAAAACAAAGGUAUAAAUCCUGAAGGGGUAGCGUAUGAUUGGACACAGCAAAAGAUAUAUUGGACCGAUUCUUCCAAUCGUAGCAUAUAUGCCAUGAACUUGGACGGUACUGAUUUGGUCAUGAUUGUUAGGGUUGAAAGACCUAGAGCAAUUGUCUUGGAUCCGUGCAAUGGGACGUUAUUCUACACAGAUUGGGGCAAAUUUGGAACAGCUGGAAAAAUCUUCAGAACAACUAUGGCUGGAUCUCUGAAACGAGUUGUUAUAGACAGAAAUUUAGCUCAACCCAGCGGCUUAGCUAUAGAUUACGACGAACAAAUGCUAUAUUGGACAGAUGCAGUGAGAGAAAAAAUCGAAAGAUCUGAUCUAAACGGAAGAAACAGAGAGAUUUUGGUUUCUGCUACUAUAUAUCCCUUCUCCAUAACAGUUUUUGGUAGAUACAUCUACUGGACAGAUCUACAACUUAGGGGAGUCUACAGAGCAGAAAAACAUACAGGAGCCGGUAUGGUAGAAAUGGUGAAGAGGCUCGAAGACAGUCCAAGAGAUAUACAAGUGUACUCAGACAAACGACAGCGGUGUAGUGUCAAUCCUUGUCUUAUUAAUAAUGGUGGUUGUGCACAGAGUUGUCAUCCAGGACCGAAUGGUACAGCUGAAUGUAGAUGCGAUGAGCAUAGUAAACUGGUCAAUGAAGGGAGAAUGUGCGUUGCCAAGAACCUUAGCUGUGAUACUAGUAAAUUUUACUGCGCAAACGGCAGAUGCAUUUCCAGGAUGUGGGCGUGCGACGGAGAAGACGACUGUGGAGAUAAUAGCGAUGAAGACACAAAGUAUUGCUCUUUCCACUCCUGCUCUCCUAAUGAGUUCAGAUGUGCAAACGGCCGUUGUAUAUUCAAAUCCUGGCAAUGUGACCACGAAAAUGACUGCAAAGAUGGCUCCGAUGAACAAGAUUGCCAGUAUCCUCUCUGCGCUGACGGAGAAUUCACCUGUGCCAAUCACAGAUGUAUUCCUAUGGCCCAGGUAUGUAAUGGAGUGAACGACUGCAAAGAUAACAUUACAUCCGAUGAAACACACGAAAGAUGUCCCAACAAUACAACAUGUCCUCCCAACCAUCUAAAAUGCGAAAAUACCAACAUAUGUGUAGAGCCCUACUGGUUAUGCGACGGAGAUAACGAUUGUGGCGAUAACUCUGACGAAAAUCCGUUACAUUGUGCUCAACGGACCUGCCCACAGAAUAGCAUCAGAUGUUCAAACCACAGAUGCAUACCUGCAACCUGGUAUUGCGAUGGAGACGACGAUUGUGGAGACGGUGCCGAUGAACCACCAGAGUACUGCAAGAGUGAUGGCAGAACCUGCUUUGGAGAUUUAUUCACUUGUGACAAUGGCAACUGCGUUCCAAGAACAUACAUCUGCGAUGGAGAUAAUGAUUGUUUAGACAACAGUGAUGAAGAUAGCAGACAUGAAUGCAAUGAUAGAAAAUGCGAUGAAGAAACCGAGUAUGUAUGUGAGGCAAACAAGGAAUGGCACAGAGCUCAAUGUAUUCCUAGAAAGUGGAUAUGCGACGGAGACCCGGAUUGUGUAGAUGGUGCUGACGAAAACGCUACUAUACAUCACUGCGCAACACCUCAACCUUGCAGUGACGAUCAGUUUACAUGUGGUAAUGGAAGAUGUAUCAACAAAGGUUGGGUUUGUGAUCACGACAACGACUGCGGAGAUGGUACCGAUGAAGGCAAAGAAUGUAACUCCAAAUAUAAAACAUGUUCUCCCAACGAGUUUGCCUGUCAAAACUUCAAAUGCAUUCGAAGCCAAUACAGAUGCGAUGGCGAAGAUGAUUGUGGAGAUCAUUCCGAUGAAGUCAACUGCAAAAAAGAAAACCUAACGUGUGCCGAUCCGACGCAAUUCCGAUGCAACAACGGUCAAUGUAUUAACUACAAUUUGGUCUGUAACAAAGUGUCUGAUUGCAGCGAUGACUCUGACGAACCUUUACAUUGCAAUGUAGAUGAAUGUGCCAAAGUCGAGAUACACCAGUGUGGCCAUAAAUGCGUUGAUACACCAACGGGAUACUAUUGUGAAUGUAACCAAGGAUACAAGUUACUGGACGACGGAAAAGCUUGUGCUGACAUAGACGAGUGCAUAGAAAAACCAGGUGUAUGCUCUCAAUAUUGUUCGAAUACACCUGGCAGUUACUAUUGUAAGUGCAACGAAGAAUACUACGAAAGAGAACCAGACGAGCACACUUGCAAACGAAAAGACAACAUAACACCAUGGCUUAUAUUCACCAACAAGUAUUACGUCAGAAAUAUGUCCAUAGACGCUCAUAUCUACAAUCUAGUCCACCAAGACUUGAUGAACGUUGUGGCUUUGGACUACGACUUAAAAGAACAAAACCUUUAUUUCUGUGAUGUAACUGCAAAGACCAUAUUUAGAAGCGCUUUUGGAAGUAAAGUUAAAGAAGCGGUCAUACGUCAUGACUCUCACGGCCUAGAAGGACUGUCAAUAGAUUGGAUAGCUAGAAAAAUAUAUUGGUUGGAUAGACACUCCAAGAAUCUCGAUGUUUCGGAACUCGAUGGAACAAACAGAAAGACUCUUAAGACUAGUAUACAAGACCCAAGAGCUGUAGUUGUUCAUCCUGGUACUGGCUAUUUGUACCUAUCUUCUUGGCACCUGCAAGCUUUUAUUGGUAAAAUAGGAAUGGAUGGUUCAAACUUCACGAGGAUCUUGACGUGGGAAAACGACAUUGCCUGGCCGAAUGCUCUUACUAUCGACUUCUUCACCGACAGAUUGUACUAUGCUGACGCUCAUUUGGAUUACAUUGCUCAUUGUGAUUUAGAGGGAAGAAACAGGCAUAUUGUUAUUUCAGGCAUCGCUGUACCACACGUAUUCGCUCUAACACUGUUCGACGAUUAUAUAUACUGGACAGAUUGGAAUUUGAAAGCCAUUAGUAGAUCGAAUAAAUUCAAUGGCAAUGGACUACAAAUCUUAAGAAACACCACUCACAAACCAUACGAUAUCCACAUCUUCCAUCCCUUAAGACAGCUUCCUUACACCAAUCCAUGUGGAACGAACAACGGUGGGUGUUCUCAUUUGUGUUUGAUCGCUCCCCCACCAGCUUCAAGCUACCUCAACAUCGACGGUUAUGGCGAUGAAGGGACAACUAGCUUCGUAUGCGCCUGCCCCAAUCAGUACUACUUGGCUAGCGAUAAGAAGACUUGCAUCGCGAAUUGUACGGAUGGGCAGUGGCAGUGUAAAGGACAUGAUGAGAAGUGUAUUCCGUGGUUCUGGCAGUGCGAUGGAGAGAAAGACUGCAAAGACGGCUCCGACGAACCUGCAACUUGUCCUCCACGCCAAUGCAGAGCCGGUUCCUUCCAAUGCAAAAACCUCAACUGCACACCUUCUGCCACCAUUUGCGACGGCACCGACGAUUGUGGCGAUAACUCAGACGAACAAAAUUGCGACAAAGAAUGCCCAGAACUGGAAAUCAAAUGCAAAUCAAACGGCAGAUGUAUCUUAUCCAGCUGGCAGUGCGACGGAGACGCUGACUGUAAAGACGGAUCCGACGAAGAUCCAGAAAUCUGUCAUAAACGUGCCUGUGAUCCUGAAAUCGAAUUCCAGUGCAAGAACGGUCGUUGCAUACCUAAACUCUGGGUUUGUGAUGCUGAUAAUGACUGCGGAGAUGAUUCAGAUGAACCUGCUUACAUGUGCCGACAAAGGAACUGUACCACUGGUUGGCAACGGUGUCCUGGAAGAGCCAACUAUCGUUGUAUCCCCAAAUGGCUGUUCUGUGACGGCAAAGACGAUUGCAGAGACAACUCGGACGAACUACCAGAAAAUUGCCCACAAUGCAACCCUGAAACUGAUUUCAAAUGCAAAAACAACAGAUGCAUACCCAAGCAGUGGAAGUGUGACUUUACAGAUGACUGUGGAGAUGGAUCUGAUGAAGUCGAAGAACAAUGUAAGGGAUCUUACAGGGAAUGCUCAGAGUCAGAGUAUAGAUGUGCUAAUGGAAAAUGCAUUUCUUCACGAUGGAGGUGUGACCACGAAGACGAUUGUGGUGAUAAUUCCGAUGAAAGCGAUUGCAAUGGGUUCCAAUGUAAGAACGGUACUUUCCAAUGUGCUUCAGGACAUUGCAUUGCUUCGUAUUUCCGCUGUGAUGGCGACAGGGAUUGUAGAGAUAUGUCAGAUGAAAAGAACUGCCCUCCUAGGUAUCCUGGAGGAAGAUACUGCCCAGAAUCUAGGUUCGAAUGUGAUAAUCAUCUGUGUAUUAGUUCAGCUGAUAUUUGUGAUGGUGCUGAUGAUUGCGGAGAUGGAUCAGAUGAGUCGCCACUUCUGUGUACCAACUUUAACUGUGAUACCUUGAAGAGAUACCAAUGCGCCAACCAUAAAUGCAUUCCUAGGUACCAAUUGUGUGAUGGCAUCGAUAAUUGUGGAGAUGGAUCUGAUGAAAACAACAUGACUCUUUGUGCUACCAAAAUGAAACCAUGUGAUGGUCUUACAGAAUAUAAAUGCGCCAACAGAAAAUGCAUCGACAGAAAACAAGUUUGUGAUUUUGCUGAUGAUUGUGGUGACAGUUCUGAUGAGCUCGGAUGUCAUCAUAAUGACGUUUGUUCUGACGCUACUAGAGGAGGAUGCGAACAUCACUGUAUGAACCUAACUGAUGGAGGUUACAUCUGCGCUUGCUACUCAGGCUUUAUCAUAUCCCAAGAAAACCGCAAAGUAUGUCUAGAUGUAGAUGAAUGUGCCACAGGUACUCACCAUUGCUCACAGAUAUGUAUAAACCUAAAUGGAACCUACGGUUGUGCAUGCAGAGAUGGUUUUAGACUGUCAGAUCAACUAUCUGGUGUCUGUAAAGCAGAAAAAGAAGAAGUUAGUUUAUUGGUGGCGAACGGAGGUGAAAUAAGAUCAUUUGAGUUGAAGCGACGAGAAGUUGAAGGAGUAAUAACUGAAGAACAACGUAUAGAUGCAGUUGAUUAUAAUCCCAAACAACAAAUGAUCUUCUGGGCUGAUAGUAGACAAAAAACUAUCAAACGGUCCUACAUGAUAAAUGCUCUUAAUGGUGAAGUUAAAGCUGGAUUCUCUCAAGAUUUAGAAAUUAAAGGAAACUCUAAACCUGUAUCUAUUGCAGUAGAUUGGGUGGCCAAUAAUCUUUACUGGACAGAGAUCGAUAGAAGCGCUAAACCCAAGGGAAGAGUAAUGGUAGCCAAAACAGAUGGAAGAUAUCGUAGAUCACUUAUUAAUGUUGGCUUAGAGAAUCCAUCGUCGCUUGUAGUUGAUCCUUCACUUGGGAAGAUGUUCUGGACUGAUUCUGGUUCAACGCCGAAGAUAGAAGUGGCAUGGAUGGAUGGUUCCAAACGUAGAACUCUCAUUACGGAUCAAAUUCGUCAUCCCACCGGGCUAGCUAUCGAUUACUCAAUGGAUCACGCUGUUUACUGGGUAGAUACCAAGUUGAAUGUUAUUGAAAGAAUGAAUCCAGAUGGUAGCAAUAGAAAGACUGUGAUAAGAGGAGAUAUAUUGAAGCAUCCUAUAUCGCUGGAUGUAUUUGAAGCCAAUAUUUAUUGGAUAACAAAGAACACAGGCGAGUUGAUUCAACAAGAUAAAUUUGGACGAGGUGUUCCAGUGGUGAUCCAGAGAGAUAUGCAGAACCCUUCAAGUGUUAAAGUUUACCAUCAACUCAAAUACAACGAGUCCAUUAUAGAUCCUUGCACCAACAAUCACUGUUCUCAUCUUUGUUUGGUGGUUCCGAAUGGCCACAGAUGCUCCUGUCCAGACUCUGCUACUCCCAGCCAGAAGAUCAAGGCAGAUAUCAUUUGUGACGCUGCUUCAGAACGAGAGCGACCUCUACCGAGAAUAUGCAAAUGCGAAAACGGUGGAUACUGUCAAGAAGUUGACGAUAGCCAAGAACUGUCUUGUAAAUGUUUGGAGAAUUACCAGGGAGAGUUCUGUGAAAUUCAUUCAGAGCAUAGCACAGCUGGACAAGCAGCCAAUACCACUGCUAUUGUCGUUCCUAUUGUAGUCGUAUUGUUAAUAUUGGGUGCAGCUACUGGUGUCUACUUCUUCAUCAGAAAGAGACCUUUCAGCAAGGGAUCUGGAUUAGGCAGUCUAGCAAGUAGUCAAAGUGUAUCGUUUAGACAAGGAACCAACGUAGAGUUCGGUCCUCCAAAUGCGUUUAACAAUGGCGGCGGCCCUUCUGAAACGCUGGAUGUAGCUUACAAUCUAGAUGCGAUGAGUGGCAACCCUGGAAACAAAAACCGAGAUUUCCAUAAUCCAAUGUAUGAUGCUGUACAGAAUAAUCCUGACACGCUUCCUAACGGAAGUGGAGCUCUCUACGAGGUCUCCGACUUACCAAAACCAAAAGGUGACACAUUCCUAGAGCCGCCUAGUGCAGUAAUAGCGCCAUCUAGCAUCAAACACAUGUCAUCCCCUAACGUCCAAGUAAGACACAGAGAACUAGAUCCGGCGACCCAGGAUACGGGUAAAGACACUCAAAAACUUGUAGAGGAAGACUGCUGAUAUCAAUUGAAAAUCCCAAUCUUUAAUAUAGCAUACAACUACAAUAGAUAAUAUCAACAAAAGUGAACUUUUUGUAUUAUAGAGUGACGUUACUUGAUUUUAUUGACAGGUAAACACUGUUUUCGUAUCAUUUUACUAAGACAAUGUCGAGUUAAAAAUUAUUUUGUGACUUUUGUAAUAAUAUUCAUGUAGAAUUAGUGGAAUGAUAUAAAAACCCUGCGUCUAGACUCUUGAGUUUAGAAGUUAUUUAGUCAAUAUCAUAAUUUAUUUUUUCAAUGUUUGUGAAUAGUCGAUGUUGAGAAAUAUAUUUUUUUAUUGAGAAUGUAAAUGUAGUGAGACGAAUUUUUCAUGAACUGGAACUAGACCUGUAGGACUGUUGCAUAUUGGGGUUCAAGUGCCAUUGAAAAUUGAAAGAAAAUGAACAAAAAUGACAUUCUAGUUCCACUCUUAUGAGAAAUGAUUAAAUACAUUAUAAUUUUCCGGUAGUACAGAGUCUGUGAAAUUGUGAAAUGAUUUAAAAAAAUAUUUGACCACUUUUCGGGCUAUUGAAAACAUUUUGUUUACAUCGUUUCUGUGGUAUGUAAUUUUAUUCUUUUUAUUGUUGUAAAUAGAUGUAAACAUAGUUUAAAAUAACAAUUGUACAUAUUUUAAUAUCAUUUUAACCUUUUUUACUAGGUUUUAAUUUUUAGUCAAUUAUUGGAAAAUAUAUUGACAGUUUUUGGAAUUUGUAACAAUAACAAGUAUCUUUACGUAGUAUAGCAAAUUAUAUCCAUAUAGUUUUUUUACUACAAAAAUCUGGUAGGUCUUCCAGAACCCCACAGUGUUACAGGACACAACAGGACAACCCCAUACAAGGAGACAAAAGAUGUUUGACAAGUGAUUCAUAAAGAACUGCUCUCCUUUCUGGUCUCUCUCGGGCAAUUUCAAUUUCCUUGCGUUUGCCAUACUGAUACUCAUUCCCAUAAAGAAUCAUCUAAGGGUACCUCUCCGUUCCGAACGUUGGAGAUGAUUCUGGCUAUAAUGAUUUUGCUGCUUGUUAUAUGGAAUAGUUGUGUUGAGGUAUUUCUAUACCAUGCUCUCAGGUUAGCAAACCAGGAUAUUCUUCUUCGUCCUGGAGCCCCUUUUCCUUCAAUUUUACCUUUCAAAAUGCAUUGGAGUAGCUCGUAGCUGCGUUGAUUUCUCAUUAUAUGUCCCAAGUACUGCAGCUUACGGCUCUUCAAGAUGUUGGCCAAAUCUGCAGUUGUGUUCAUCCUCCGUAGUACUUUUUCAUUGGUGACUUUGUCUGUCCAUGGUAUCUUCAUAAUCCUUCUAUUCGCGGUGUGCAAGUACUUGGAAGGGAAACGAGAAACGACCGUGCGCGGAAAUAUUGCAACUAUCUUAAAUAAUUCAUAUUGUCAAUUGAAAUUGUCAAAUUGACGUAUAUUUCAUACCUUCUCUCAUUAAAGCAGAAAAAUUAUAUAUUGCUCCCAUAGAGUUAUAUAUUAGCAUAGAGAGAGUGUCAUUCAGAGCGAAGUGACGACACCAUCUUUUUUAUUUGGAUUAGUGCUGUUUCACUCUUACACAUAGUAAAGCUGCUACAGUUGUCCUCCUCUUCCGUGCCUAUAUUCACACUGAAUGUCAUCAUAUAUUUUCGAUACAAUGUGUUAGAAAGAGAUGCAGCAAACCAGUCCAUGAGAUCUUGUCGUCAGGAAGCGCGGAAGGUAGGCUCCCUCUAUGUUAAUAUAUACCUCUAUGAUUGCUCCACAAUAUUGAUAUGAUAUGCAAUUAUUAUAUAAAGGUAAAUUUAAUUAAUUUUAUUUUGCUUGCAUUACUGCAUUUUAAUAACUAAUUUUAUUUACUACAUACAAUUGUUUACGUUUUAUUAACAUAACCUGAAUCUUAUUUUUUCUUCUUCUUAUUUUUUUGGACUAUGGCCUUGACAAUUAUCCAGCAACCAGGACUAAUAUAAUUGGCCAAUAUAAUUAAAAGUGCGAAUAAAAGUACAGAGCGUAGAAAUAGAGGUCGCUUUGCCGAACUUGCACGGUCCCAAUACAACCAUGACUCAAAAGCCUGAAGUUUCGAUAGAGUUUCCGCCUUCAAUGUCCACGUUUCUACUCCGUAUUAUAGAAGCAUUAAGUACACGCAACAUUUAAGGAGCCUUAUUUUUGUUUCUAUGGUGAGGUCAUGAUUCUUGGACAUAUAGUUCAUAGUCAAGAAUGCACUUUUAGCCUUUCUUUAGACAUCUAAUCUCUUGAGUAUUGUCCCACGACUCAUUGAUUAUAGUUCCCAAGUAGUUGUAUUGUGAGACACGUUCAUUUCUCAUUUGGUUCACAUACAGAUUUGCUCCAGUUAUGUUUUCCUUGCUGAUGAUCAUUAGCUUGGUUUUGCUAGUGUUUAUAUCUAGUCAAUAUGUUCUACUUGUUUCCGUUAUCCUUCUAUGAUAUUGAAAAUCACUGUUGCAUCAUCUGCAUACCGCAGGUUACUGAGCUUGACUCCAUUUAUUGAGAUGCCUUCAUCAAUAUUGUAGCGUGAUUAGUGUAAUUACUUCUAAUUACAAUAAAACUAGCGGUUCGUAUUUAUAUACGACUUUAUUAUUUAUUUAUACAAGUUUACUUUACAAACUUUAGCUUAAGACUAACUCUAUUCACAAAAAUUAUGCCUUAUAUAUCCUAGUCGUUAUUCUCGAUCAUUCCGGGCUAAGCCAGCUCUCCGACUAUCGUGUGACCUUCCAACAACCGCGCAUCGGUUCCACGUAUAGCGUGCUUCGAUCUAGACUUUUCUCGGCUUACGCCUUGCGGCUGGUGACUCAUUGUUUUGCUACAAUAUCUUUUUAGAACCUCUUCAAAAAUGUGCUCUGAGUACAGAUUUUGACCUGAUCUGUAUAUGCCCCAUCUAUUCGGAGCACUGCUGAUUGAUUCCAAUACAGGUUAGCUGUUAUUUUCAGGUCUCUUCAGUCAAUCCCUGUCCUCUUCAACACUUCCAUCAUUUGUUCAUGCCUCAUCAAACUUCCUUUAACUGUGACGUAUCUUGAUUUUUGUAGUAAAAAAAACUUUAGUUUCUUUGCAGAUGCUAUAAAAGAUCCGUUUUCACUGUUAAUGAAUCAAAUCCCAAUAGCUUUCAAUAGAUUUUAACCAUUACAUUUUAUUUAUUCUGCAUAAUAUUUAUUUAUACUCACGGUGCAGCAAAAAGUAACACACACUGUUCGCAAAUUUCACAGACUAACAUUAAGUCCGUACAUUACAAAUACCGUUGCACGUCAUCAUUAUCUAAGUCAGAGAUCUAUGUUGACAUUGUUGUCCAAUUACAAAAAAUUCCUGAAUUCAUUUUAAAUAAAAUAUAGCUGCAGAAGUGAAUACAACAAAACAAAUUAAUAUUCAAUGUAAAUAAAUAAAAACAUUAGAAAUAGAAAACAAGAAUUGUUAUAAUCUUACGUUAAAAUAAAUAAUAAAAACAAAUCGGAAGUAUCAACACCGCAACUGUUAAAUAAGUCAAAUGCUUAUGCAAUAUGCCAAAAUGUCACCUUUGUUCGAUCGCUGCUGUUAAGAGUGUAAUCCGAACAAGUAUGUUUUAUCAAAACACUUUAUAUUCCACUUAUAGAAAUUAAAUUAAACAACUUAGAAUAUGUUUCUUUAAAUUUACAUUAAUAGAAAUCUUCCUAUAUUAUUUUUAUGCGUAUAUGAUAAAAUAUGUCUAGUGGCUGCAAUUCCAGUGUACUCGGCUAAACGAUUUUAAAAAGGAACAGACCUACGACUGAAAUAUUUCGUAUUGAUGUGAUGUCACUCGUUAUGACGCGGAUGACGUGCAACGGUGUUUAUAAUGUACGGACCAUAUAUAUGUAAAUAUUCUAAGUAGUUCUCAUGUAAAAAAUCAAAAACCUUUCCGUUUUAAUAUUAAUGACCUUUUGAACAUUCCAAUUUUUACGUCUAUUAAGCGAAAAACACCGUCCAAACAACGUGGUUGUUGUAAUGAAAUUUCCUCUGAAACAAAUCAGAUGCUGUUUUAUUUUAGUUUAAAUUUUAUUGAAUUGUUAUUUAAUUCUAUGAUUUUAUCGAUAAUAAGGAAUAUUUAUUUUGAGAGGCGAUCGGGCUGAGUGAUGAACAUGUCUUUCAUUUGUAAACUAGUCAGUCUUCUUCUUCCUAAAGUGCCGUCUCCUAGUCGGAUAUCAUCAUCACUAUCUUUACUCUAUCUACUGCUGCUCUGAAGAGUUUUAUAGAACUGCAUUUAAACCAGUCCCUUAAAUUUUUCAACCAUGAUACUCUCCUUCUUCCUAUACUCCUUCCUCCUCUUAUUUCUCCCUGUAUGAUCAGUCUUAGUAGUUCAUAUCGUUGCCCCCUCAUUACGUGUCCUAGAUAUAACUUUCUUAUGUUUAUCGUUUUUAUAAUUUCGUAUUGUUUGUCCAUUUCUCGCAAUACUUCCGUAUUAGUUUUCUUUUGUGUCCAUACUAUUCUAAGCAUCCUCCUGUAACAGCACAUUUCAAAGGACUGUAGCUUAUUUAUGUGUUAUUGCUUCAAUGUCCAGCUUUCAAGUCCAUAUUGCAAUAUUGAAAACACGUAGCAUCUCAAAGCUCUUACUCUCAGUUCUAAUCUAAGGUCUUUGUUGCAGAGAAUUGUUUUCAUUUUUACAAAUGCAUUUCUUGCUAUUUCUAUUCUAGCCCUUAUUUCCGUUGUUUGAUCAUUAUUGUAUGAAAUCCAGGUUCCUAGGUAUUUGUAUUUAUCUACUCUUUCUAUCGGUACCUACUACCUACAUUCCCCAAAUGUAUGUUUGUUCAGACAAACACUUUUCCAGACUUGUUCUUAUCUCUAGUGAGUGGUCCUAAGUUUCAUCAAGGUUACUUCCAAUGUACGUUAUUCUUGUUACUCUUUCCAGAUCUGUUCCGUCGACAUUGACUUUGACCCUUCUGUUUUGGUGCUUGCUGAUGACCAUUGUUUUUGUCUUCUUUGUAUUCAAUUUCAUCGACAUGUUACUACAACUAAACAAUAUUUCUAUAAGCUCUUAAAUUUUUCUAAUGUUAAUUUCUGAUUCCUUGAUUCUACUAUCUCCUUCUUCUUCUUCUUUAAGUGCGGUCCCUUUAAGAAAGUUGGCUAUCAUUAAGGUUAUCUUCACCUUUGACACUGCUGCUCUAAACAGCUUAAUAGAGUUAUAAUUUAACUAUUGAUGUAGGACUUUGUAUGCAGGACUCUGCCAUAUGCCUUGUUGAAAUCAAGGAAACAGGUAUAAAUAGUUUGGUUAACAUCCAUACAUCUUUGCGCCAAUACUUUAAGGGCAGUUCUUUUUCAGUGUAUGUAUUUUAAUAUGUCUACAUAUACCUAAACUCUGUGUCAAUAUGGCGCCAAAAGUCUGAUUGUAUUACAGCUACUUAACUUCUUUCAAUGCACAUAUCAACCCAUGUUCAUUAUUUUGCCCGUAAGCCCUUCAAAAAAGGGUAGCAUUGAAUGCUUGUAGACUAGAACUUAUGACGUACUUACAGCAUGAAGUUACCCAAAAAUAAAAAUAUUCAUUAUGGUCUUGUUGCAACUAUAUGUAACUUUGUGUAAAUAUUUUGGGAGCAAAAUUGUCUGUUUUACAGAAGAUAAUAUAAAAUUGUUUAUA